UCCAUGGUAACCACUCUGUUGCUGCCAACAUGGAGGAUCAGAAAGGUCAAACCAGCGACUUUUACCGGACGGAUCCAAACCUGCCGCAGAGGUUCAACAACCCCGACUCUUUCCAAGGUUACGGAGGGAAGAAGAUUCAUCCUUUAUAUCGGACCUGGAACCAGACGUACGGCAGCAAGACUCCAACGGUUCAUGAGAUGCAGACUCAGUUUAAUGUGACAUCUCAUCGGUUUUCGGAGCUGCAGCUGCAGAGCGGGAUGUACGAGGAUCACGGCUUCAACACAGCCCUGGAAAGGAGCAAAGUCAUGGUUUCUGCAGAAAUCCAGAACAACAGACUCCAGCAUCUGCGUCAUUAUAUAAACCAGAGCAAGGAGCAUCAUCACUAGAACAGCAUCACACAAUAAAUUAGCUUUUUGUUCUCCAAUAUGGCUUAAGACUGAGAAACAAAUAAAAAAAAAAUAGCUGCACCAGU